AUAACGAGGGUUAUAAUGGAGGAACGAGGAAGCAUUCGCCGGUAAGUCGCGAUGGCAGUUGAGUCGGUUCGGUGGCAAGUUUCAGUCGCAACGUUUACAAACCACUAAACCGUCGUUAAUGGCGGACUCGGGGGAGAACAGCGGCCGCGAGGCCGAAGAAGAACACGACGGGACCAACGGCCGACGCGUGGACGAGCCCGUGCCCCGGACCGCCGGUGACCCCGUAGGGCCGCCGGUCCCCAGGGGGCCGCGGACCGGGGACCGGCGCAGGAGGCUGGUCCUGCACGUGGACCUGAACAACACCGUCCUGGUGUCGGACAGCGUGACGGGCCAGGGGCCGGCGGCCGCCCUGGAGUACUUCCUCUCCACGGUCACCUGGGGCAAGAUGAGCGCACAAGGCGAGUGGGAGUGGCUUAGUGACUCCGCCUCCCUGCUGCCACCGUGCGACGGCGCCGUCAGCUACUACUCUCAAUUUGGACGGACGCCGGGUUUCAUCGGUGCCGCCGGGCGACGCUUCCGCGGGAUCCUGGACGAGCAUCUAGACCUGUUCCGCUGGCCCGAGGGCGCCAAGGCGGACAGCGCCCUGUGUGUGGAGGGCGCCGGCGGCCGCCUGUUCCACUGGAUCCUUCCGUCCUUCUUCCAGCUGCUGGUGGACCUGGUCCAUGAGGGGCGGAGCUUCUCCGUCGUCUUCCGGACGUUCGGCAGCGACCUGCCGCGGGCGCUGGGCGCCGUGAGCCGGGCGCUGAGUGGCGCCCACCCGCUGUUCCCAGACCUGCCCGCCCUCAAGCUGCAGGUGGACUUGACUCUCCUCUCCUUCAGACCUGAGACCAGCAGGUCCAGCACAUGGGGCUUCCAGACGACAACAUCCGCACAAGCCGCCUGA